AAACUUGGCAGCACUGUCUGUCUAUGGGAUCGUGUUUCUGACGAUUGUAAUUCUGUUGUCAAUUCAGGAAGGGUUUUCUAGUCGAUAUUUAUUGUUGCAGGAACUCCAAAGUGAAACACAAUGGCAAAAUUAGUGACUCAAGGAGCAGGACUAAUAUCCACUGCAAUUGCUACCGCUCGUCCAAAAGUUUUUCUGUUUUUGAAAUACGCUAAAGUGGAACUAACUCCACCUACUCCAGGAGAUAUUCCUCAAAUAACCGCUGGACUGAAACGCCUUGUUCAAUCUGCUAAAACUGGGGGCUACAAAAAUCUAACUGUUCGACAGGCAUGGUUGAAUACUCUGGUUGGAGCUGAAGUUCUUUUCUGGUUUUAUAUCGGGGAGUGCAUAGGAAAACGUCACCUUGUUGGUUACAAUGUUUAAAUUUUGUGAAAAAUAUUAUAUAACAGUAAAUAUAUACUAGAUACCAUA